ACUGAAUUCCAUCAGCUACGGAAGCGGUGCCGUGUCGAGAUCUACAACACCGUUGAUCAAGGGUUUAGUGUCUUCAGAAUGGGUGGGUGGUUUUCCAGUCUCUUCUCUGGCCUGUUUGGCACCAGAGAGAUGAGGAUCCUGAUCCUGGGGUUGGACGGAGCCGGUAAAACUACCAUCCUGUACCGCCUGCAGGUCGGAGAGGUGGUCACCACCAUUCCAACGAUCGGCUUCAACGUGGAGACGGUGACGUACAAGAACCUGAAGUUCCAGGUGUGGGAUCUUGGUGGACAGACGAGUAUCAGGCCAUACUGGCGUUGUUAUUACUCCAACACGGAUGCUGUCAUCUACGUGGUGGACAGCAGUGACCGAGACAGGAUGGGCAUCUCUAAGUCUGAGCUUGUCACCAUGCUGGAGGAAGAGGAGUUGAAGAAAGCCAUCCUGGUGGUGUUUGCAAACAAGCAGGACAUGGAACAGUCCAUGACCCCGGCUGAGGUGGCCAACUCCCUGGGCCUCCCCGCCCUCAAAGACCGGAAGUGGCAGAUCUUCAAGACCUCCGCCACCAAGGGCACGGGCCUGGACGAGGCCAUGGAGUGGUAA